ACGCUCCCUAUGUGCUGGCUCUCUCUCUCUCUUGUGUUGGGCAGCUGUCACCAUGUUCUGGGGGUUUGUGCUCCUCCUGCUCCUCACGCCUCCAACACUCAGGGCAGAAACCCCGGAGGAAGAGAGUGAGAAUGUCACUGAGCUUGUGGUUGAGACCGUGGAGAAGCCGGACUCAUGCACUGAAACUGCGGAUAUGGGGGACACCAUCCAUCUGCAUUACACGGGAAGGCUAGAAGAUGGGCGGAUUAUUGACAGUUCCCUUUCUCGAGAUCCUCUUGUGGUUGAACUUGGAAAGAAACAAGUUAUUCCAGGUCUGGAAAAGAGUUUGGUAGGCAUGUGUGUUGGAGAGAAGCGCAAAAUGGUUAUCCCCCCUCACAUGGCUUACGGCAAGAGAGGAUACCCUCCUUCUAUACCAGGUGAUGCUGUGCUGCAGUUUGAGACAGAAGUAAUGGCACUGUUCAAGCCUACCCCCUGGCAGACUCUUGUGAAUGAUAUUUUCCCCCUACUGUGCAUUGGUUUGGUACCCACGCUUUUGGGGCUUAUUGGCUAUCACUUGUACGCCAAAGCUAAAAGCCCUGCUGUAUCCAAGAGGAAACAAAAGGAGGAGAAAAGAAACAAAGCAAAAAAGAAAUAAAAUACUAUAUUUUCUCAUA